AGCAGCUAGUUUGUAUCAUUAUAUAUGUGACCCUUGGCCAAGUGUUUCGUUCUUUUCCUCCUUUCAACUGCCAAAAUAUUAUAACAGCAGCAGCAGCCGCGCCACCAACACAACCGUUCUUCUUCUCGUUUACGGGGGUUGAGGGAGGAACCCUAAUUUGGAUUGAAUUAGGUGUUAUGGAGAAGGAGCUAAUCGAGCUCUACGAUGCAGCCAAGAAGGCCGCCGAUGCCGCCAGCUGCGAAGACGCCGGCCCUCACGAAGAGUCCCGAUGUAUCGAUGCCCUCAAUCAGCUCAAGAAAUUCCCCGUCAAUUACAAGAUUCUCGUCAGCACCCAGGUUGGCAAACAUCUUAAACAUAUCACAAAGCAUCCAAGGCAGAAAAUUCGGGCAUUUGCUCAUGACCUAAUUGAGAUAUGGAAAGACAUAAUAUUAACCGAAACAGGCAGAAUAAAGAAUGGGGGCUCUGAUAACAAAGACUCGGCAAAUGGUGAUAGAGCUAAAUCUGGAAAAAUGCAGAAGAGUCCUUCUGUGAAGGUUGAGAAGGUUGAAAAUGGUACAUCAAGGCCAAUCUCAGCAAAGGUACACCAUGUGGAUGGCAAAAUUGAAAAAAAUAAUGGUGCUGCAAAUGUCAAGGUGGAAAAGAUAGUCAAGGAAGAGAUGCAAGUUUCUGGAACAAAGAAAAUGUCAACAAGCUCACCUGUUACCCCAAAGCUGAAGACUAUGAUUAAAUCUAAUGAUGCGAUGAGAGACAAAAUACGGGAUCUUCUCCAUGAGGCUUUAUCCAAGGUUUCAGGAGAGGCUGAGGAGGAUAUGGUGGAUGAAGUAAAUGCCUGUGAUCCUAUUCGUGUUGCUGUGAAAGUCGAGUCUGUGCUCUUUGAAAAGUGGGGCCCUUCAAAUGGUGCGCAAAAGGUCAAGUAUAGGUCCCUGAUGUUUAACUUGAAGGAUCAAAACAACCCAGAUUUUCGGAGAAAAGUUCUACUCGGCUAUAUUGAGCCAGAACGGUUAAUCAAUAUGAGCACGGCUGACAUGGCUAGUGAGCAGAGGAAGAAAGAGAACGAGAAGAUCUAUGAGAAGGCAUUGUUUGAAUGUGAACGUGGAGGUCCACCAAAAGCUACGACAGAUCAAUUCAAGUGUGGGAGAUGUGGUCAAAGGAAAUGCACCUAUUACCAAAUGCAGACUCGUAGUGCUGAUGAACCUAUGACAACUUAUGUCACUUGUACUGUCUGCAGCAACCGUUGGAAGUUCUGUUAAUGUGUAGUGCUGACCAAUGAGUAUCUCCAGGGUGAGGUUCUCAUUUGUUCCUAAUGCCCUAAUGGUGAUGGCAUGAACCUGCUGAGUGUCACUAUGGUUCCGCACCGCAGCCAUGCCAUGAUUUUCUUUUCAGAAGUGUUACGAGUAGAUUUUUCACCCCUUCUUUUAGGCAGAAAUGUACUUUUUAUUCUUUUCACGUUUCAAUUUAUUUGUAAUUUGUUGUAAGUUUAAACAUAAGUUGCUAUCUUGUGAUAUCGAACUAAUGACUUUACCAGGUGAGAAAUUUUGCUUUCUUCAUAAAGCAAUUUUAUUUUGUUUU